AUGAAGAACAUUCGUUUUCGAUACCGAAACAUUACCCCAAAUCAACCCAUCAUCUCUCCACAGUUCACGAAUUCCGGUUUGAACACCACUGAUACAAAACUCCAAGACUUAAUGCUGGGCGAUAACGGAAUAGACGAUUCUGACGACUCCGAUGAUUCUCACUCAUUGAUACUCCUAAAAAGAGACUGGGAGGAUGCCGCAAGCAUCGUCCGCAACACUUGCAGUCGCGCGUUGACAACUAGCGACCAUGAUGUACCCGCCACCGCUCGCGCAGUUGCCGAGAAGAAAGGGGCAUUAUGUGACCUGAAUAUGGGAUUUUCUCCCGAUAUGACCCUCUAUGAUGAAUUAUUUUGCCCGCAGACUAAUUGGCGAGCCGUUCUCACAAACAUUUAUUGGGGAUCUUUCCGACAGGCAGCGAUUUGGCACAUCUAUCUCCACCUCCUUGCACAAGGAUUGAUCAAGGCCGAAUCCCUGAUUCUUCCGAUUAACUUACUCGCACCCUCCUGA